AUGAAAAAUACGAAAAAUAAAGGCUCCGAGAAAGCCAAAAAAUCGGUAAGUGGAUGGAUAAUAUAAGCGGCUUUUUGUUAAUCAUAUUCUCCGCUUUGAUGUUAAUUGUUUUAUUUUAGAGUUUGAAGAACCUAAGUGAUAAAGAGCUUAAUAAACGACUUGAGGAUUCUCUGGUGAGUCAUUUUAGGUAUAAUGUCAGUUGACUUUGCAAUGGAAUGAUUCAUUAAGUUUUAGUGAUUCUUAUGUAAUGCCUUUACAUCUGUCUUGUGUUUUUUAAGCAGUACAUGUUAUAUAAAUGCUACGUUGUUAAUUAAAAAAUUUUAGAAAAACCGAAAUGUUCAGAAUACUGUGGUACUGGCGUCGAUGGACAGGAAGAAGAAGGAAGAGUUUCUACUCAAUCUUCUGAACAGCGACGUUUCUGGGAAUAUCCGAGAGGUAUGUUAAGAUGCUUUUUUAAAUUUAUUUGUUUAGGAGAUUGAUGCUUCGAUAGAAUGCCUGGUUAAUAUUACAAACGAAAAGUACGGUGAUAAGACGGCUAAGGAGUUGGUCACAUUGAGAGUCAAGUUGGGAAGCGAAAGUGUCCAAUGGAUCAAGUUGUUCUGCGAUGCAGGUGGCCAUGCUUGUCUUCUCAAUGUCAUUAGUUGGUGCACACAAACACUAGAACGACUUCAGAAGGGUACUGUCAGCAAAGAUUACUACAGUAUUAUUCUGGCUGCUGUUCCGGAAGCCGUGAAAUGCUUGCGGGUGUUGAUGAAUAAUCCUGUAAGUUUUGAAUAGUUUUUUUUUAAAAAUGAGUAGGAUUUUAUCGUUUUAGCGCUUAUGUGCAUAAGGAUGUUUAGUUUAUAUUAUUUUUGUUUUUAUAUCUAGAAUGUUACUUUUUUCAGCAAGGUUUACAAAGAUGUUUUGACGAUGGCUUGUCGCUGUUCAAGAAACUGAUUGAUCUGUUGUUCGUCACUAAUGAUAUUGAUGAUAAGGCUUUGGAAAGUGCUAAAGAAAUUAUAUGGACGUUUUUGAAUGUUGCUUUUGUGUUACAUAAAGCCUACAAUUUGAAGGGGUAAGGUAAAACUAUUUCUUGAUUGUUGAUAUUAAAUUCUAUUUCUGUACUCUACCUUAUAAUCUUUAGGACUGCUUUGAUUAUUCGAGCAUUACAUGACUUUGAGAACGAGAGGAAGAUCAACAGGUUUAUCCCGAUAGUCCAGUCGUUUCAAAAUGCUGGAUCGAACAUGACGGUAAUGUUUUACUCACUAGUUUACGUUGCUUUUAGUUGAAAACGUUUCAAUUCAUCAAUCACAUACUCGGUGUACCCAAAGAUUAUAAAGAACGAAUAAUAAUGCGACAAGAAAUACUACGAGCUGGACUCGAGGACUACAUGAAGGUAGGUGAACUUAAAGUCAUAUUAUGUUAAAGAUGUUUUUUUCAACUUUAAUUAAUAUUGUCAGACGAUAGAAGAAAGGGCAUCAAGUCAUGUUGAUCUGGGAAAAGAACUCGAUCACUACGACGAAAUGUGCAAGCUUGAUGCAAGUGAACUUGUCAAAGAAGGUACUCGAAAGAAUGGCAAAGAGUACCUAGAUCAGAAAGAGUUGCUGGACAGUGUUUGCAAACGGUUUGCUGGUUCAAAUUGUGACUUUCUCUGGUCUGACAUACUGACAAGGAUAUUCUAUCGCGACGAGUCUCGUUUGAAUGGGUACGUUGGUAUUUGAAUAUAUAAUCAAGACUGCAAUCAAAUUAAUCUUUACAGUAACAAACUCAAUUUUAAAUUUCGAAAUAUUUUAGAUUUGAAUUCUUAUCAUCGAUACGAAACUUUGUGUCAUAUUUGUUGUUUACCUUGGAUCAUCGCGACAAAGAGACCAAGAGUUCUUCCUUUGGUAAGUUCAUGUUGGGGGCUAAAGAAUUGAAAGUAAAAUCUUAUUGAAAAUAUCUUGUAGGACGACUGUUAAAUGAAACUUAUGCCAAGCAGGACAACAAACGAUUGAACGAUCGGUUACAAACCGCUGUCAAUGAGAAACAGGAAGCUUCGGCACAACAAGUGGCCUACUUCAACAAGUUGAAAGAACUGCAGGAAGAGGUCGUAAAGCUUCGAGAACAUGUACGUUUACACACAAUAAUAUGUCUUAAAUGAUGGCUUUCUAUCUUAAUAAUAGUAUUUGCAGAUCAAAAACCCGGAAUGUCCGCUUCCUCCAGAAACCACAAUUGAUGUAGCACCGCCCAAAGUAAGGGGAAGCACACCUGCCCAGUCUCCUGUUUCUAAAAAACAACCUCCAAAGCUAAAGACUUCUAUACCACCGCCGCCACCUUUACCUAAGGGUAAUAUUCCGCCACCUCCACCAGGACCUCCACCAUCAUUGAAGUCGUCUCAACCAGCGUCUUUAAAAGUUGCCGGACCUCCACCACCCCCGCCCAUAGCCGGUUUUAAAGGGGCAGGACCUCCACCACCUCCACCUUUAAGUGGACUAAAGGGACCUCCCGGACCACCCCCACCUCCAUCUGGGGGUAAGCUAUUUAAACCUACCGCAUCCUUGCCGAGUUAUUUCAUAGCCAAAAAGUCAGUCAUGCCUAAAAUGCCCAUGAGGAAAAUCGCACAAUGGGAUGAACUUACAGUAAGUAUAAUGUAACAAGUUUAGAGCGUUCUUUAUAUGAAACCAUUGUGAAUAAGUGAAAACGGAUCUUAAUUGGUCUACUAAAGACAAAUGUUUAGCUUAUACCAAGGAAUAUAAAGGACAACUCGAUCUGGACUACGUACCAAAAAACCGAAGACAAGUUCACAGACGAUGAAUUCUAUUCAACGCUGACUGAGAAGUUUGGACGACCAGAAACAAAGUCAAAAGGAGUCGUGUUCAAAGCCAAGAUCAGGGAACCUGUGGUGGUCAAAGACAACAAUAAGCUCAAGAAAUGGGGUGUGUUAUCUAUAAUUGAAGUAAAUUCUGCUAUCAGCAUCUACUGUAAUAUUACUUUUAGACAUUCUGAGCGGCCGAUUAAUAAAAGACUACGAAGCCUUUAAGAGAGCGUUGUUAUCUUUGGAUAUGAAGGUUUUAAACGAAGAUUUAGUCUAUGCCGUGGAAGAGAAGUUGCUGGAGCCAGAGUUGUUUAAGAAGUUGCGAGAAAAGCCGUUGACUGCAUUCAAGGAUGCCCCUGAAGGUGAAAAGGUAAGGUAGUGUAAGUGAAGAUAUUGUUGUUGUAGCUUCUUGCAUGUUUGUCUCACGUCAAAGACCUUCCCAAUCGUUUGAGAGCUAUUAAUAUGCUUUUGACAUUCCCAAAGUUGUCCAAGGAGUUGAAGAGCAACUUGUCCAUUAUCGCUGAAGCUUGUGAUGAAGUGCGACAUUCUCUGGGACUGGGUCACUUUGCCUCUCUUGUUUUAGCUUGUGGCAACUACUUGAUGAAGAACGAGAAGCAAAACAAGGAUUGGUACGGAUACACAAUGUCACUCUUAACCAAGGUAGGUAUUUUGUUGUGAAUGAAUUUAUACUUACUUUGCUUUGCAAAUUUGUACUUAAAAACAGCAAUGGUUUUAGUUGGUGGAAACAAGAGAUGUGACGAAUAAGAUGACACUCCUUGAUGCACUAGUGGUCUUGUUUGACAAGAAAACCAAUGGCCAAUUUACAGAGUUUGCCAUGAAAGACUUCUUCCACGUCCACAAAGCUAAACGAUUGGUGUUCAGCUUCGAAGUGGGGAGAGUGGAUGAGCUUCAGAAGAAGUUGAAAGUGUUGUCAACGUAUCUUUCCAAUUUUGUGAAACAGGACCCUAUGGAUAAGAUGGGAGGAACUUUGGAGCAAUUCUUACCAGCGAGUACAAACAUAAUGGAGACGUUGGUUGAGGUAAGCAACCACUAAUAAUACUCUGUCGUUCUGACGUUAAGUGUUGUAUUCUUUAUGGUAACUGAAUUAGCGACAUACUGAAAUUAUUGUUUCUAGUUGAAAAAGAGCGUAGAGGAUAAAGCCAGAGAUGUUGAGACCUUCUUCUCCUACGACUGCAAGAAGUACAAGAUAGACAACCUCUUCAAUGACAUAUCAAUAUUUGCAAUGCAAUACGAGGUAUGUUUAUAACUAACUAUUUAUGCAUACUAUUUUUAUCCCGCUUCAUAAAUCUACUUUUAGACGGCUUAUACUAUGAUGAAGAAUAAACCAGUCGAAACCAAACCUUUGGCCUCUCAAGCUGCGAAUGUGAUAAAGAAGGCAGGUCAGAAGAAGGCUGCCCUCAACCUUGCCAAUCUCAACAACGGCUGUUUGGACGAGUUGGAGAACGUUUUGGCGAACGCCAGGUCACGGAGGAUUGUUAAACGUGCAGGUGAAUACAUUUAUACGGUUUUGUGCACAAAAGUUUCGUUUUCUACCUACUUGUUUAAAAGAAAUAUAGAAUUUUGGGUAAUAAAACUCACGGUUUAGGACACGGACAACGUGAUUCAGACUUGUUUUCCCAGAUUUCUUCUGUUCUGCUAGAUUCGUCAAGUAUGAGUUCUAACAGAUUCGGUAACUCCAUCAACGGUGAAUCCAGAAUCUCACCGAACCACGAGAAAGAAAACCUUUUGCCCAGCGGCACCGACUCUACGUUUGGCUCCACCUUAAGUGUCGCUCAAACAGAAGACUCGGACAAAGAUUCUAUUCCUGACAUCGACGCCCUGGUGAGGCGAGUACAGUACCUCUGA